GGAGGGGAGGGGCCAGAUCACCAUUUUGUGGCAGUUACACACACAGAACAGGCAGUGAGUUUUGUUUGUCAUAAACUGCCACAUGUGAAUGGCAGUGCUCCUGGCAGAGACUCUAGCCACUGGCCCCGGGAUGAAUUGGCCCCAAACUGACUGGUGACAAGAACACUAGGAGCCUGGGAAGCUGAUGUGAGGAUUGGGGGAAGAAUCUGUGGAAAAGGAAGUCCCAGGGAAUCGGGAAGUGAGAGAAGAGGUAGAGAAGCCUCAGAAGCCAAUGAUUGUGAUUCUUUGGAUAAAGACAAGAGACCAUUAGACUGUGCAACUUCUCCAACACCAGCAAAUCCUCACAUUGGAAAGAAACAUCUGUAUCAGACUCAGAAUCACCAUCAUUACAAUGAACAUUCCCAACUCCCAGACGGAACUUCCCUCAGUAAGAAAACAAUUCGAAUGCUCAGAAUGUGGGAAAACAUUUGCAAAAAAAUUUAACCUUCAUACUCACCUAAGAGUUCACACAGGAGAGAAACCAUUUUGUUGUGCAGAAUGUGGCAAAUGUUUCAUUUCAAAGAGGAACCUUUCCAAUCAUUACCUAUUUCAUACAGGGGAGAAAUCUUUCACUUGUAAAGACUGCGGCAAAAGCUUCUCUACAAAGGACAGACUUUCUUCUCACAAAAGUGUCCACAUAGGAGAGAACCCAUUUACAUGUACAGAAUGUGGAAAACAUUUCUCUCAUAAGAAAACCCUAAAACAACACACACAACUUCACACAGAAACAAAAACAUUUGCAUGUACAGAAUGUGGGAAAGUCUUUAGUAAUAAGAGAAGUCGUCUCUACCCCUACACAACUCACACUGGGGAGAAACCUUUCAUAUGCAGAAAAUGUAAGAAUAUGUCUCUCCCUGUUCUUUUCUCAUGCACAGAAUGUGACAAAUGGUUCUCUAAAAAGAUGUACCUCAAAAGACACCAGAGACUUCACAUAAAAAAGGAAACUUUCCCAUGUACAGAAUGUGACAAACUUUACUUUACAAAGAGCAGACUUGAGAGGCAUUAUGCUAUUCACACAGGGGGGAACCAUUUCCCAUGCACAGAAUGUGGCAAAUUAAUUGCUACAAAGAACCGCCUUCAGUUGCAUUCUAUUACCCACACUGGGGAGAAACCAUACCUGUGUGCAGAAUGUGGGAAGAAAUUUACAAAAAAAACCUACCUAAAUCUUCAUAUGAGAAUUCAUACAGGAGAGAAACCAUUUACAUGCACAGAAUGUGGAAACUGUUUCAAGCUAAAACAAGUCCUUAAAGAACACCAGAGAAUUCACACAGGGGAGAGAGCUUUCGCAUGCACAGAAUGUGACAAAAGAUUUACAACAAAAAGCCACCUUCAUCGUCAUCUGAAAACUCACACAGGAGAGAAACCAUUUACAUGCACAGAAUGUGGGAAAAGUUUUGCAGUAAAAUCUCACCUUCGUCAUCACCUGAGAACUCACACAGGAGAGAAACCAUUUACAUGCACAGAAUGUGGGAAAAGUUUUGCAGUAAAAUCUCACCUUCGUCAUCACCUGAGAACUCACACAGGAGAGAAACCAUUUGAGUGCACAGAAUGUGGGAAACGUUUCAUAUUAAAUGAUGCCCUUAUAAAACACCAGAGAAUCCACACAGGGGUGAAACCUUACUCGUGUGAAAAAUGUGGUAAAAAAUUUACAACGACAUCCCAACUUAAUGCGCACCUGAAAAGUCACAAAGUAGAGAAACCAUUUGCUUGCACAGAAUGUGGGAAAAGUUUUGCAAGUAAAUGUCUGCUUCCUAGUCACAUCAGAACUCACACAGGAGAGAAACCAUUCAUAUGCACAGAAUGUGGGAAAAGUUUUUCAAUAAAAUCUAACCUUCGUCGUCACCUGAGAACUCACACAGGGGAGAAACCAUUUGAGUGCACAGAAUGUGGGAAAUGCUUCACGGAAAGUGGUACCCUUAGAAAACACCAAACAAUUCACACAGGGAAGAAACCAUUUGAGUGCACAGAAUGUGGGAAACGUUUCAAAUCAAAUGGUGCCCUUAUAAAACACCAGAGAAUCCACACAGGGGUGAAACCUUACUUGUGUGAAGAAUGUGGUAAAACAUUUACAACAACAUCCCAACUUAAUGCGCACCUGAAAAUUCACAAAGUAGAGAAACCAUUUGCUUGCACACAAUGUGGGAACAGUUUUGCAAGAAAAUGUCUGCUUCAUAGUCACCUCAGAACUCACACAGGAGAGAAACCACAGAAUGUGGGGAAAGUUUUAGCCAAAAUACAAUCCUUAAAAAACACCAAAUAAUUCACACGAAGGACAAACCUUUUAUAUGCACAGAAGAAGGUGAAACAUUUUAGGGAUAAAGCUGCAUUGAUGCUCAGCUGAGAAUUCACACAGGAGAGAAACCAUUCAAGUGGACAGAAUGUGACCAACGUUUCACUAUAUUGGGCACUCAAAGAAAACAUUUACAUGUAUAAUAUGUUGGAAAGUGUUCUACCUCACAUAACUCACAGUGGGGAGAAACCUUUCAUAUGCACAGAAUGUAAGAAUAUGUCUCUCUCUGUUUUCUUUUCUCAUGCACAGAAUGUGGCAAACAGUUCUCUAAAAACAAAUGCCUUAUCAAACACCAGAGAAUUCAAAUAAAAAGGGAAACUUUA